AUGUCGAGCAAUUCGACGUCGGACAACCGGAGCCACUUGGAUGAUCUGGUCGGAGUGCUCAAGCAGUUGUCCGAGCAGUCAUGCAUCCACGAGCUCCAACGUCUUCUCAAACGUGUGGAGACCUUGCGGACGAAAGUUAGUGAAUACGAAGCCAUAAUUAAGUCACAAGAAACAACGAUGAUGGCGAAGUCGGACGAGGUGAUUAGGCUGAAGAAAGAACAUAAGGAUAGGCAGGAAGAAAUCAUUGAAUUUCAUGCCAGCCUCCUCAGAAAGAAAGACGAUGAAAAAUCAGCGCUAAAUCAAGCUUUCACCCGUCAGGAGGGCGAACUUAAUGAAGCGAGGACAUCCGUCCAGAAUUUGCAACAGCACACCCAGACGCUUCAAGAACAAAUUAAAGGUCAAGACGCUGAGGUGAAGAAAAUCGAGUCCUCGUUGCGCCAGGCUCGUAGUGAUAUUGAUCGAUUGAACAGAUCUCUUAAAGAUCAGAAGGAGCAAGCAAAGUCGAAGGAACAGCAGUGGCAGGCUGAGAAAAAGGCGCAUGGGCAGUUCAAGUCUCAGGCAGAGGCACUCAACAUACGCAUUGCUGACCUCGAAGCAGAACUGAAGGUGAGUAACCAGAAAUUAGGGAUGGUUGAUGAGCUUGCACCACCACUGCUUGAGGAUGAUACGGUCGAAGUGUCCAGAAACUUCCAGAAGAUAUGGAAGCAAUGCUUCCUCCUUAGUCAAGCCUGUUUCCAAGACGAUAACCCUCCCGAGCAACUAAAUAGUUCUAUUAUGUGGCGAAACUUACGCGCCUCGAAUGUGGUCACCUACGCGGUUCCCCUGGCCCCAACUAACAGUCCUCCUGCUAGAAGAAUGCGAUUCUCUACGACUUUAGCUGUUCUAACUAACUCCCUGAUUCGCCGCCUUUUCACGUCGACAUACAUUCUCAGAAACACAGAAGAGAUAGAUAAGCUUACGUUGGAAGUGGCUGACAAUGACCAGCGCAGAGAGGCUUUCUUGCGAAGGGUUCUGAAUUCGGUAUCCGAGGAUGUCGAAGAUCAGCUGUUGGAAGAAAGGGUUAACUUGGUAGAAGACGAAGUAGUGAGAUGCAUCGAACCAUUGCUCAGUGCCGAGCAGAGUCGGAAGCUGAAGAACGAUCUACCUGAUGUGCUGAGGCUGGCCGCGAGUCUGUGGAAGUCCCUUCGAAAGCGACAAAGCUAUUUCACAAUCGAGCCACGACCUCCAUCACAGACCACCACAGCAUGGAAAUCGCUGGUGUGGAAUGAAGGCAAGAGGGGGUUUUCGGAGGAAGACAUAAAUGCUCCCACAGAUGUCGUGUUCAUACUGUUUCCGCGUGUCGUCGCCAUUGGUCACGAGGGCGAACAAGAAGUGUUUCCUGGCGUUGUGUUGCUCAAAUCCGAAACUGCUGCGGCACAUGCUGAGCUCAGUGAGCUGCCGCCCGCAGAUCCGACCCUGGUCCGAACUGGAACUCAUCGGUCAGUGGGCGGAAGACGAGGCACAGUCGACCAAAAAUCGCGGCUUGGCUCUUUUUUAGUUCAAAACGGAUCUCAAAAGCCAUCCGGUUAA